GCAGUUUUUCCAUGUUUUUCAAUAUAGCUCUUCGUUAUCUUUUAAAAUCUUAGCCGGAAAAUCUUCAGAAUUUAACAAAUAGAGCUGCUUUAUUGCUCUAGAGGACAGAACGAUGCUUUUUCUCGGAGUUCUCCUCGUUCAGGUCUUCUGUUCUCCUCUUCUUUCAAAUGGUGCAAGUCUGAAUGCCUCAGAUCAGGCCUCUACAUCAGGCACAGCUACCCCUACUCUCUCAGCAGACAGCACAGUAACCAUAGAUGUAGCAUCCGGUGUUCCUUCAUCAAGUGUGGUUGAGCCAUCCAGCACGACAUCUACACGAUCAGCAGCAACCUCUGCCAUCGGUGCAAGUCUGAAUGCCUCAGGGCAGGCCUCUACAUCAGGCACAGCUACCCCUACUCUCUCAGCAGACAGCACAGUAACCAUAGAUGUAGCAUUCGGUGUUCCUGCAUCAAGUGUGGUUGAGCCAUCCAGCACGACAUCUACACGAUCAGCAGCAACCUCUGCCAUCGCUGGAAAUGCGCCAAAAGGAGAAUGUGAUGACCUUAACUGGAGGCCAAUCAUGCAAUGUUCUACAGAGGAUCAGUUAUGCAGAGGGGCUUAUAUCAAAAACGUUAGCAAGCUUUUCGAGUGCAAAGGGAGCAAACCAGAAAACGUUUUGUCGAUGGAAUUGGCAGCCAUGAUAGAAUUAGUUGGCAAACAAGGCACUGAAAAUUUGAUUGAGAAAGUCAAACGUGGAGAGGUAGCCGCUGUCAAUGCCUCAUCUUUUCUUGUUAAAGAUAUUUUUGCUUUGAGUAGCGGAGUAGUUGAUGGUCGAUUCGUAAACACGACAGACGACAAAUACCUAAACUUUCCAAACUAUUCGAUGGUAGCAGAUAGAUUCACUGGACGAUGGGAGACAGUAAGGGACCAGAUAAGUUUUCCUGUCAAGGUCCUCAAAAAACGGGUCCUUGCAGGUGCUGCGAACAUCCCUUAUACUUGGUCGGUCUACCCAGACCUAAUCGAAGAUAGGCCACUGAAAAUGACUGAGAUCGAAACAGAUUACAAUCAAAUCAUCAAAGAUUCUGACGUCUCAGACCUUUACUUAGAUAACGACGGCGUGCUUAAGUCAAGGAAAAAGUUCGAGGGGAUCUUUAUCAAUAGCAAUGUUUUCAGUCUCAAUAUGAUGGAAAACAUUAGUGAUCUGGAGGAGCCAGUGCUUAUCACCCUCAGACAUAAAAAGGAUUCUCUUAAGGAGCCUUCCUGCGUCUAUUGGGACACCAUUAAAAGCAUUUGGUCGAGAAAAGGUUGCAAGAUUCAAGAAACAAACUCAACUCACACAGUGUGCGCCUGUAAUCAUUUGACGAUGUUUGGCUUAGCAAUGAAAGAAGAGAUCGUGGAAGAUUUGUCAGACCGUGAGGCGGUGGUGACUACAGCUACCGUGUUUGGCAUAAUCUCCACCCUUCUGCUCAUUGGCAGUGCGAUAUGUGUCUUUGUCGUCGGGUAUCAUUUUGUAGACAACAUGCGCAUUGCCCUCAACAUUGAACUGGCUUUCGUGCUCGGCCAUCUUUUCUUCUUCAUUGGACUUUCCAACAGCUCGUCAAAGUAUGUUGCUACACCAGCCACUUGCGAUGUCAUUUCUCCAUUCGUUCACAUGUUCGAACUUGCCGGCUUGGCAUUCUUGCUGAUGGAAGGGAUUUUCUACGUGGAAAGAUUCAGUAGUGUCUUCAAUAAAAAGAACACGCGUACAUUCUACAUCUAUUUGGCUCUCGGAUGGGGAUUACCAGUUGCAUUGGCUGYCGCGUGUGCUGGAUACCCAUACUCACAUUAUGGAGCACCAAUUGGAAACGAGUUUUGUUGGAUGUCAGUGAAUGGAGUGGACGUUUGGUUCUUUGGAGCUCCUGUGCUCAUUCUUGUCUUGCUCAACUUGUUGGUCCGAGGCGUGGUUCUGCAGAAGGUUUUGGGAUGGAAAGGCAACUCUGAUGAUAUUAACAUUCAAAGAACAAGGAUCAGGCUGAUUUCCUCGAUCGUUCUUCUGCCCGUCAUCAUCUUGACCUGGUUGUUUGGUAUCCUGGCAACCAAUCACUCCAAUGAAAAAGCGUACCAUUACUUUUUCAUCAUCUUCCAUUUUCUCCAGGGCCUUCUCGUGUUCAUCUUCUACUGCGCAAGAAACACGGAGAUGUGGGAAUACUAUAAAGACAAGAAAGAAAGAGAACUGGCAGAGAAGAAUGCAGUUUACCAUUUCCAGUACGUUCCUUAGAGGGAUCAGCAUCAUAUCCGUCACACUGCACGACUUUCUUAUAUCCAACACGUCAAUAACCACGAUAGCACCGCAAAUAUUUACGAAGUGUUAAGAAAGACUUAUUGUGAAACGUCACAUAUAAAGUAGGAGUGAAGAAUGUAAGAUGAAGACUUACCAACACUAUUUAA